GCCGUGGGCGCCGCGGGCGGGAUGAGCCCCCUGGAUUUCCGGGAUCAGCAGGGGGGCCUCCAGCACCACAUCCACCAGCUGAGGAAGAACAGCAGCGAGCAGCACGACGAGGAGCAGCAGCACUGGAACCGCCUCGGGAUGCUGCUGCUCAUGUCCACCCUGGCGGCCCUGGGCACCCUCGGAAACAUCUUCGCCAUCGCUGCGGUCAUGACGGAGGACCAUCUCAAGAAGAAGGGUAACGUACUGGUGGUGAACGUGAUGUUGGCCGGGCUGGUGGUGAGCGUGGGCGUGAUCCCGGCGUGGGUGGUGUCUCUGCUGGCCGGCUGGAUGCGCCCCACGCCCGUGUGCUAUGCCUCCUGGUUCCUCACGUCCCUGGCCGCCCACGCCGCCCUCCUCACCCUGCCCAACCUCGCUUGGGAGAACUCGGCGCGAGUGGCCGGGCGCAGCGUGGGCGCGGCGCUCCUCGGCGUGAUGGUGGGCGUCUCGUGGACUGUCGCGGGCGUCACAACGCUCUCACAGUGGGUGACGGGCCUGGCCCCCACCCACUGCGACCAGCUCUCGCAGCCGCCCGCCGCACAUACCAUCUUCACCUCGGCCGUGGGCGUAACCCUGGUGGCAGCGCCCUUAGUCUCCUCCCUCAUCAUCCACGCCCACACCCUGCUGGCUGGGCGUGGGGGGCCGCGGCGCCCCGGCCCGCCCACGAUGAAGCCUCCGCAGGCCCUGGAGCGCGACCUGGCGCUGACGGGGACCAACCUGGUGGUAGCGGCGGCGUCGGGCGGCUGCUGGGCGGCGGGCGUGGCGUGGGAGUGGUGGGCGCACGACCCGCUGCGCCACGGCGUGCCCUGGCUGCACAUCGUGGCCGCCACCACGUCGGGCUUCCUCUACGCCGCCCACAAGCCCUUCCGCGAAGCCUACAUCCAGCUGUUCCACUACUGCUGCUGCAAGACGUCGGUGUCCCUCUCCCGACGGGGACGCAGCGGGGAGGCGGCAGCUGCGGCCGCUGCGGCAGCGGCUGCGGCAGCCAGACCGGCGAGCGAUGUGCGCGUGCACAUCAUCCCCGGCUACAACAUGUACACCACCGCCUCCACCCGCGACCACCGGCCGGCGGUGCACCCGCACGUCAAGGCGCCGCGGGGCAAGGAGUCCCGCCGGCCGAAGCACCACAAGAAGGACGUCUACGAGCUGUAGACACGUCAGGCUGCUGCCUCUGCCGAAGCGCUCGCCUCCGAAUGCAACACUCGGCUGGGGAUUCUCGACCACCGCGUCUUCGGCGUAACUUGAACCUGUAUUCCUUAAGCCUCUAUAUUUCACGCCCCAUUUCCCCCUUCAUCCUUCGUUUCUCUUCCAUCAGUCGUCCACGCCCCUUUGUCCUUUCUCCUCAUCCCGUGGGUACACGUAAGGAAGAAAAGCAAAAAAUGAGGCGAGGCCCACCCCUUCCGCCCACACCUUGUCCGCUUUUUUUAACCGGCCUCCCACAACGCAACGGGACCGAUGAGCCGUACGCAUCCGACUCAGCAUCUCCCAAGGGUCAUCCGAAUGGCGAAGCAUCCGAAAGGUCGAACACUGAGACAAAUUGAUUACGAAAUCGAUUAGUCAGCUUU